AUGUCUCCUGGUAUCCUGGGGUCUUUAUUCCGUGGCCCACCAAUUUCGGGUUAGGCUAUACCUGACAGGCCCCAGGUGAGAAGACUAACCUCAGCUUUUCCAGUCCUAAGUAUCCUAUGGAUAAAAAUCCUUAGAGAAAUCCCUGCUUUUACUAACACUACACUAAUAGGACAAUAACACUAAAAACACCAAAUAAUAGAUGAGUGGAGAUAAUAUUAAAAUAACACUUGUGAAACUUAUAUGUCUAGUAAAUUGUAUGUGAUAAAAAAAUAAAUAAAUAGAGAAAGAAAAUUAAAAAUAACCUCUGGAAGUAAUUAUAAGCAGAUGUACACUAACAAAUUAACUAUAAUGGCAACCAUAACAUAGAAGCUUUUAAAUAGGCUACGUGGAAUAAUUGUUCCGAGCCUUUUGCCAAAAAUUUAUUUGGCAAUAAAAUUUUAAAAAAAAUAAAUAAAAAAAGAAAAAAAAGUCCAUUGUUCUUGUUCUUUCUGUUAUCUAACUCGUAGUACUCUCUAGUCACCGUAUUAUUGGCAUUUGUGGCAGAGUUGUCGGAUUUCUUCGUUGUAUGGAAAAACGUGAUCUGGCAAUGGAGGAGUUGGACGAUCUGGAACGUGAUCUGAGGUGGGGAAAUACCGAUCAGAAAUUUCCCCCAGCCAUCAUUGUGGUCUUUAGCUCCACCCCACACUUCUGGUGAAAUAAGGAAAACAUCCCUUGAGGUAGAGGAUGAGCAGAAUACGUUAAUAGCGGUGAAAUUUUGAUUGGCUACUCCAGCUGUUAACCUCACUGAUAACGAGACAGAUAUUAAUCUGCUUCCAGUUGGAGUAGAAACCAGAGCAACAAUGAGUAUAAUAUGUGAAAGUAGCAAAGGUUGGGUCAUUGAUCAUGCAAACUUUAUAAACAGUGUUUAUUUGAAUGUUGAUUCUGAGACCAACCAUGAGUCAAAUCGUUCUUCAAAUAGUUUUGUAUUAAAUGAACAUUUGUUUGAAAUAGUAACACCUUUUUUGUUUGAUUUGGAAGCUUCAAGUGUGUUAUCACCAAUAAGCAAAAAAAGGAAAAAGAAUGAAAGAAAGAAGCAUUUAAGUGACAUCAAUUCCAUCUGUGGUACUCAUUCAGAGGUUACCACUGUAAAGUCUGCAUUGACAGAACUUGUGGCAUUGGCUCAAGAAAAAGGACAUUUCAAAGUGAAAAUUGGCAAUGAGGAUUAUACCAGCAAUAAUGAAACGGCUAGACAAUGUUCAAUGUCGUUUUUUAAUGACAUAUGCCAAGAGAAGUUGCCCAAAUGUAAUGGAGGGAACACAUUCGAGAAGCCAGUUCUGGCAAACAUAUACGGGGAACACUACUUGAUACCAAAUACUUCAAGGUUUUACUGCUGUGAUAUACGUGAACUACAUUUAAGUCUUGAGAAAAGUCAAUUUGAUUUUGUUUUACUUGACCCACCUUGGUGGAACAAAUAUAUUAGGAGGCGGAAAAUGAAGCAGGAAACAGGAGGGUACAAUAUGAUGUACAAUGAAGAAGUUGGAUCACUGCCGGUAGGAGAUUGGUUAGCUGCUGAUGCUCUGGUGGGUGUUUGGUGCACCAAUUGUGCUCGCCACGAGAAGGAUGUCAUAUCCCACUGGUUUCCUAAAUGGGGUCUCCGCCAUGUUUCCACUUGGUUCUGGGUCAAGGUGACAAUGAGUGGGGUACCAGUGUGUCAGUUCUCUCCACCCCCUGGCAAGCAGCCUUACGAGAGGGUACUUCUAGGAGUUGCUGCUGCAAGAAUAGACAGGUUGCCCCCCGACAGCAGGUGUAUCAUCAGUGUUCCAAGUGCCAUACACUCGCACAAGCCUCCACUCUCUGAGAUUAUGAAGUCAUACCUGCCACACAAGCCACGGUGCUUGGAACUGUUUGCGAGGUACCUUCAGCCCCACUGGGUUAGUGCAGGAGACCAAGUACUCGCCUUGCAGAACACUAAACUUUACAAACAAAUACAAUUGUCUGCCUCUUGAA